AUGUACGGCAUCUCCGUUCUUCGCUCAAUCUCAGCUGCAACAGCAAGUUCGAUAUUGCAGCAAACUCGCAGGACAUUCACGGUACUCGCACUUGAAUCCUCUGCAGAUGACACCUGUGCAGCGGUAGUCACCUCGAAUCGCGAGAUCCUCUCUAAUGUGGUCGUGAGGCAAGACAAUUUGAACGAACUGUACGGAGGGAUACAUCCCUACGUCGCCAUUCAGGCGCACCAGCAUAAUUUGCCCGGUGCUGUGCGCAGAGCCCUGCAAGAGGCCAAUAUGUCCGUGACCGACGUCGACGGUAUCGCAUACACCCGCGGACCAGGCAUCGGCGGCUGCCUCAGUGUCUGCUCAAAUGCAUCAAAAACCCUCGCUGCGGCGCUGAACAAGCCUCUAGUCGGCGUGCACCACAUGCAAGCACACGCUCUCACGCCGUUCCUAACCACACCCACCGAUAAACUACCACAAUACCCCUUCCUCACGUUGCUAGUUUCAGGCGGGCAUACUCUCCUCCUGCUCGCGACCUCUCCGCGCACCUUCCGCACACUCGCAACGGCGCUUGACGAAAGUGUCGGGCGCGCGUUUGACAAGAUCGCACGCAUGCUUGCGCUUCCACGGUCACAGCUCGGACUUGGAGCGGCACUGGAACAGUUCGUCUUAGCGGGACCGCCUACGGGAGGAGAGGUGGUCGAUCCUGACAUCCCGCGUAUCCCCCUGCCGAUGCAUGGCCGCCUGUCGUUCUCGUAUACAGGCUUGCACUCGACUGUCGAGCGUUUCUUGUUUUCGCGCAAUGGCGUGAUCAAUGAGUCGACCAGGUAUGCGCUCGCCGAAUCAUUCCAAAAGGCUGCUGUCGGCCAGCUGGAGGAAAAGCUCCUACUCGGGCUGCAACUCUGUCAGCGGAGGGGAAUUAAUAUUCGUGACGUUGUCGUCAGCGGUGGAGUGGCUAGUAAUUUAUACCUGAGGAAAAGGUUACGCGCGUGCCUCGACAAUGCAAACCCCGACGCACCUAUCGCUCUUCUUUUCCCUCCACCAGCACUAUGCACCGACAAUGCGGUGAUGAUCGCCUGGGCGUCCAUGCAUCGCUUCCUCGCAGGCGAUACUGACGCGUACAGUGAUGAGCUUCGCUCCAAGUGGAAUAUUGAAGAAUUGGACCCUUCAGGGCCAAUCAUUAGCGCCGAGGACAGUUCAAGCAUGUCAUUUAAUACAACGAUCGACGGUGCCACUCCUGCAAUUAUGGCCACAUGAAUCAAGAAUAUUAUUGAGCGCACACUGGUAGACAGGAACACAUAUAUACGGGACGACAUGCCCCACCCAGUAAUCAGCAUCAAGAUCGAUCACGACAGACACGUCUGGCAAGAAUGCGCCAUGGCUGAGUGUGCUCCCUUGAGAAGACGAGGGCUCUGCCGAAGAGUUGUAAUGACGCCUCUUCGCCGCUGGCUCCGGGAAUUUCUGUGAUGUAAAAUCUUUGGGGGCACUUUCUUGUGGUGUUAUGGCUGCCCCA